AUGGUUCAUCUUAUUGGAAUAACUGAAAUGAGAGAUGACGAAUCAGAGUUUUCAUCAUAAUAAUCCACAAGUGAGGAAUAAGAUAGAGAUAGUCAGGAAGAGUAGAGAGAUGUGGAAGUAAUAGAAGAAAAAGAUUAAGAAGAAUAUGAGUAAGAGCAAAUAGAAUUUCCAUAGUUGAGAAAAUUGAAAGAAGCCAUGGUAGAAUUACUUCCUAUUCCUAAAAAUUACUAGUUUGAUGAUUUGAUGUAAUACAGAUAAACUAUGUUAAGACUUGAAGAUGAAAAUUUUUUCUAAUCAUUCAGAAAAUCCUUGUAACAUCAUAUUCAACAAAAGUUUUAAGAUGAGAAAACAAAAAAAGAAGGUUUUUAUGUUAUUUCCAAUUUUUCAAUUGAAAGACCCACAUACGAACCAUAAGGAGGGUUAAUUUUAGAAAUUGAAACCUUAGUCAUUAUCCCAAGAUAUAUGUAAGAAUAGGCUGAGAUUAUUAAUAACCAGAUUGUCAUUUUUGUGAGCUUGAAUACCUAGAAGAUUUUUAUAGGUAAAACUAUUGUAAAAUGGAAUAAAAAAGUAACUAAAGAUUACGACGGCGACCUAAGAUUUGAAGGUUAUGAUAAUAAAGAUGAAAGAAAAAAAGAUUAAAAAAACGAUGACGAUUUAAAUAAAAAUUUAUUUGAAGUAAUAGAAUACAGACAAAAUUUUAAGAUUAAAAUGAACACUUUAGAUAAUUUAGAUGAAUUUUUAAUAAAUUCAGAUGAUAUUAACUCAAAGUUUAAAUUAGUAAUACCAUCUGACUAUUGGAAUUCUCUUUAAUAAAGCUGGAACUGCUAGAUGUAAUUUAAACAUCUAAAUAAUAUUGCUUUUCCACUUUAAACUUUGUAAGGAGAAAAAGGUUUCCCCUCUUUCCCUAAAUAUGAAUUCUUAGAAAACGAUAUAGAAGUUGAGGACUUCAAAAGACAACUUGAGUUCGAAAUAUCAAAAGAAAAAUAGUUAGAUAAAUAUCAAAGGAUUGCUAUAAGACAUGCUUUGUUUAAUGAAAACUCUAUUAUCUAGGGACCUCCUGGAACUGGAAAAACUUUCUUGGGUUGUAAAAUUGUAAAUGUGCUUUAACGUGCUCAUAGUAUUCAUAUAUAAAAACCCAAACCCAUACUAGUGAUGAGUUUGAAGAAUUUAAGUCUUGAUAGGCUUUUACUUAAAAUAAGCGAUGAAAAUAAAGAUAUAAAAAUUUUGAGAUUGGGAUUCGAAAUUGAAUAUAGAUAAAUGGAAAAAUAUACCCUAAACAAUUUAAAAGGUGCACCUGUUUUUCAAUAUUCUGAUUAAUAUAAUAUAAAAGCAGAUUAAAUUAAUAAAGAAUUGCAAGAUUGCAUUAAUAAUAUAAAAAAGAGAAGAGACUAAAAUAUAAUCUAACAAGAAAAAGGAGCAGGACUUCCAAAAAAAUUAAAAAAUUCUAUUAAGAAAAGAUUGAUAAGCUUGUUAAUAAGUGAACUUAAAAUAACUAAUUUUGGUAAUGAGAUUUAGGAGAAAAUAUUUUCAAAAUGGAUGAAAGGAAAAUUAAGCUCUGAAAAAUUAUUAAAAUAUCUUGAUGAAGGUGGUAUUGAUUUAGAUGGAGAGUAAAAAGAAUACAUUCAAAAAUCUAUCAAUAUUUAGCAAAAAGAUUAAGAAUUUUAGCUCUCUGCAGAUGAAAACUCAAUUAUGAGAUAUUUGGAAAAAAUUACUUUAUUUGAGCAACUAUCAGUUCAAUUCAGUAAAUUUUUAAAAAUAAAUGAAGAUAUCAUUGAAAUCAAUAUUAUCUAAAACUAAAUGAGAGUAUACGAACGUUUAAUAAAAACUUCUAAUUUGAAUAGCAAUAAAAUUUAUUAAAAAAAACUAAGUAAAUUCAUGAAAAAAUUUGAUGUUAUUGGAAUGACAUUUUCUGGUUAUCACAAAAAUUUUGAUGCUAUUCAAGAGCUUGGGGCUGAAAUUGUUCUUGUUGAAGAAGCAAGUGAAAUAAUUGAAAGUCACUUCUAUCCCGUUUUAGCACCUAAUGUGAAACAUUUAAUCUAAAUAGGAGAUCACUAUCAACUAAGGCCAUUUGUUAAAUGCGAUUCUUUGAAAUCAAAUUAUAAUUACAAAAUGUCCUAUUUCGAAAGACUAAUUUCAGUUAAUAAAGUUGACCAUGUCAUCCUCUACUAAUAGAGGAGAAUGGUGCCAUAAUUUGCUAACUUUACUAGAAUAUUUUAUGGUAACGAAUACAUUGAUGCUCCAAUUACUAAGAGUCGUGAAUGUAUAACUUAAAUUUCUAAAAAUGGUAUGUAUAUGCUCUAACACAGUUAUCCAGAUUAGUAAGAAGAUAAAUCAUUUAUUAACCUGCAUGAAGCUUUAUUUGUAAAAUUGCUAGUCUUAUAACUAUUAAAAGAUUAAAAAAUUGAGGAAGAAUAAAUUAGUGUUUUGACUACCUAUAAAAUCUAAAAGAUUUUAAUAUAAUGUUUUUUGUCUGAAUAAGGAUUAUCUAAAGUUAAAACCUAUACUGUAGAUCAAUUCUAGGGAAAUGAAAAUGAUAUCAUAAUACUUUCUUGUGUUAGAUCAAACAUAGAAAGGAAAAGUGGUUUUGUAUUGAAUGAUCACAGAAUUAAUGUAGCUUUUUCUAGAGCUAAAAUUGGAUUUUUCUGCAUUGGUAACUUUAAUUAAUAUGCUCUAAAAAGUGAAACAUGGUAAAAAAUUUUAGACUUGAGCUAGAAAUAGUUUUCUCUAGGUGCUAAAGGAGUAGAGGCUUAAUAUAAAACUCUUUCAAAAAAAGCAUUAGAAAUUGGAAAAAAUGCACCUAAGGAUCUAUAUAAAAGUCCUCAAAUAUGUGGUUUAUGUUUCUAAAAAUCUCAUAUUAUGGACUGUGCUCUACAAUUUUUUAUUCCAUCUAUUUCGCCCUCUGAUAAUGAAUUUCCAGAGCUUCCUUAAGUUGAAUAAGCAUAACCUCCUUUUGUUUUUAUCGAAACAGUAUAAAAAAUUAAAGUUGAUAAAAAUAAAUUAAUACUUGAUCAACUAGCAGAAUAAUUUCCAAUUAAUUCAAACAAGUUAACAUAAAAAUAGAAAAAAUAAUUUUAAAAAUCUAAAUCUAAUUUCAAAAAAUAAUGA